UUUUUUUUAUUUAUUUCAUUUCAUUUCUUUUUUAUUUGUUUUAUAAUAAUAUAUCAAUGAUUCGUUCAUUAACAAAGUUAACUACAUGUCAAACGUCUCGCCUUAUUAUCCCUACGUUGACAGUAAGUGCCACUCGAGCAUAUUCAACUAAAGUUAAGAGUUUGAAAGAACGUUUAGCUGAAAUUAUUCCUGAAAAACAAGCUGAAGUCAAGGCUUUUAAAAAGGAAUAUGGUUCAAAAACACUCGGUGACGUCACACUCGAUCAAGUUUAUGGCGGUAUGCGUGGUAUCAAGGGCCUUGUUUGGGAAGGAUCUGUUCUUGAUGCCGAGGAAGGUAUCCGUUUUCGUGGUUUAACUAUUCCUGAAUGUCAAAAGACUCUACCCAAAGCUCAGGAUGGAGGAGAACCUCUUCCUGAGGGUUUGUUUUGGUUAUUGGUUACGGGAGAAAUACCUACAAAGGAACAAGUAGACCAACUCUCCGCUGAAUGGGCUGCACGCUCCGCCAUUCCUGAAUUUGUUGAAGAAAUUAUUGAUCAUUGUCCCAAGACACUUCAUCCCAUGUCACAAUUUUCUAUCGCUGUCAACGCUUUACAACACGAUUCUCAAUUUGCAAAAGCUUAUUCUAAGGGUAUUCAUAAGUCGCAAUAUUGGGAAUUUACCUUUGAGGAUACUAUGGACUUGAUUGCUAAAUUACCUAAUGUUGCUGCUCGUAUUUAUCGUAACGUCUAUAAGGAUGGUAAAUUACCAGCUAUUGACAAUAAUAAGGAUUAUUCUUAUAAUUUUGCAAAGUUAUUGGGUUAUGAGGAUAAUAAGGAUUUUGUUGAAUUAUUACGUUUAUAUUUAACUAUUCAUUCUGACCAUGAGGGUGGUAAUGUCUCUGCUCAUACAACGCACUUAGUGGGUUCUGCAUUAUCGGAUCCUUAUCUUUCCUUAGCUGCUGGCUUGAAUGGAUUAGCAGGUCCUCUCCAUGGAUUAGCUAAUCAGGAAGUGCUUCGUUGGACUUUGAAAUUGAAAGACACUAUUGGUAUUGAUGCUAGUGAGGAACAAAUAAAGAAAUAUCUUUGGGAUACUUUAAAUGGAGGACAAGUUAUUCCCGGUUAUGGUCAUGCAGUUUUGAGAAAGACAGAUCCUCGUUAUAUGGCCCAACGUGAAUUUGCAUUGAAGCAUCUACCUGAUGAUCCUCUCUUUGGCUUGGUAUCCAAGCUAUAUCAUAUUAUUCCUGGUGUUUUGACAGAGCACGGUAAGACCAAGAACCCAUGGCCUAAUGUUGAUGCUCAUUCUGGUGUUCUUCUUCAAUAUUAUGGCUUAACGGAGCAAGAUUAUUAUACAGUUCUAUUUGGUGUAUCGCGUGCACUUGGUGUUACUGCCCAAUUGAUUUGGGAUCGUGCUUUACUGUUACCUAUUGAAAGACCAAAGAGUUUCAGCAGUGAGCAUUUAAUGAAAAUGUUCGGUGCCAAAUAAAAUAAAAUAAAGUAAAAUAAAUGUAUAAAAUAAAAAUAAUAAAAUAAAAUAAAAUGUAUUACUAAAAAGUAA